UUCUUUUUGUCUAAUCGAUGGUGGGAACCAUGUUCAUACAUAGUUAUGCACAUAUGUACAUAUUUAUAGAUACAUACACGUGUGUGCAUUAUGUGCUAUCAAAUAUAAAUAACGAGCUGCAUUUGAUUAAUGAAAUCGUAGUAACGUGAAACACAUACACGGAAAAUCAUGUAAAAUCACUUUUUUUUCGGUAAUACCAGCUGCAUUGAAAGUUGGAAUUUUUGUUACCUUUAUGCACAAUGUCAUCGAAUGACGUGUUGCAUUGUAUUAUCAGUGCAUUAUGUUUACCUAAACGAAUGGAGAAAGGAAUGUAUUCAGAUUAGUGUAUUAUUAUUACGCUACAGUAUUAGUUAUGAGUGAACUGUACAUAGUUACAGGUGGUCAAAGUAAUGACACAUGCAAUGUCGUGUCUCUGGAGACUGAAACAAUAGGAGAUUAAAAAUAUUGUCAAUCGUUUCAUAGUCUUCGCCCGCUAAACAUGAUUUCUAUAAAGGCAGCUACACGUGUUACAUGUGACAGCGUUUAAAAAAAAGCGUCAGUGAUUAUUUAUUCGUAAAAAUUAUUGUGUUUCGGGCGCGAAUAAAUUACUAAGCAACAACGUACGAAAUCUCAUUUUGCCAUACUCUUCACCAUGUCCUACUCUAUUAAUAGACAACCCUUAUUAAAGGGUGCAUCAGAUAGUGAAUUUGAGGAUGAUUUGGAAACUGAAGGUGAUGAUCCAAAUAUUUCUGUCCCGGAUGAGGAACCAUUUUUUAAGCAAUUCGAACCUUGUGAUAAGUACAAUCUUGUAUACAUAGUUGUUUACUUACUUGGAAUAAAUACAUUAAUACCAUGGAGUUUCUUUGUUACUGCUAAUGAUUAUUGGAUGUACAAGUUCAGAGAAGUAGAUGAAAAUUCCACAAAAUUGAUGAAUUAUACUCGUGUAGAAAAUAUGGAAAAGACAACUGAUCUGCAAGCUAGCUUUAUAUCAUAUUUAAACAUAGCAAGUUCUAUAGCAAAUACAUUAUUUUUAAUUGUUAAUACACUUAUUAGUAAAAGAGUUCCUCUAAGAAUAAGAAUGGUGGGCUCUCAGUGCACAAUAUUAUUGUUGUUUAUUCUAACAACAGAUUUUGUUAAAAUAAAUACAGAUAAAUGGCAAAAUACAUUUGUUGCAAUUACCUUAACCACAGUGGUAUUUGUAAAUGCCGCGAGUGCAAUUUUCGGAGGGAGUCUGAUGGGUAUUGUUGGUCGUCUUUCGCCAAAAUAUAUAACCGCUAUGUCAAGUGGCCAAGCUCUUGGAGGCAUUUUUACCGCCAUCACGGAGAUUUGUUCUCUUUGGAUCGGUGCUAGUCCUAUCCUCUCGGGUUUAGUGUACUUUAUCAUUGGAGACGUUAUUUUGUUUUUAUCUCUGGUUGCUUAUAUAAUUUUAGAAAACUCAACGUUUUUUAAAUACCACAUGUUGGAAAAAUUACCUGAGAACAUAGAAACAAAUUUUUCAAUAACUGGAGAAGUAACUUUCUCACAUAGUACUUCAGUGUCCUACACGCGUAUCAUUAAGAAGAUUUGGCACUACGGUCUUAAUAUUUUUCUAGUAUUUUUUAUAACUCUUUCUGUAUACCCAGCAGUUACUGUGUUGAUAGAGAGUCAGUAUAAAGGGAAGGGCGGUUCUACAUGGAAUGAUAUCUACUUUGUGCCAGUGGUGACCUAUCUUAUUUUUAGUAUUGGCGAUUACACCGGAAGAAUAUUAUCUGGCAUUCUACAAUGGCCAAAAAAUAAACCAUGGCGAAUGGUGUUGUUGAGUUUAAUGAGAGUUAUCUUUGUGCCAGCUCUUAUAUUUUGUAACGCGCAACCCAGACAUCAUCUUCCUGUUUACAUUCAUAACGAUAUUUAUUAUAUUUUAAUAACUAUUGUAUUUGCCAUUAGCAAUGGCUAUUUAUACAAUUUAACAUUUAUUUUGACUCCCACGGUCGUAGAUUCUCAUGAAAAAGAAAUCGCAUCUGCCAUAAUGGGAGCUUUCCUUGGAGUGGGAUUAACAGCAGGCGCUGCGUUUAGCGUGCUCAUGAUUAAACUAAUAUAACUAUUAUCAAAAGAAAUUGAUAUUCGAACGACAACAACAUUAAUCUCACUGCCUAUUUUAUAUUGGAAUCAAAUAGGACCACAGACCAUCGAGUUCAACUAUGGCAAAUCCAGACGUAAUACAGUUCUUUUAUAUUUAAUGACACUCAAUGAAUGUAAUGUUUGAUACAUUAAUUAAAUUAUUUUUUAAGUAUUUGAUUUACUAUUUUCGUAAUUAAACUUGACCAUUCCGUGAACAUGUAAAAAGUUUUUAGUAUAAAAUAAAAAAGAAAAUUGUACGUAGUAGAUUGUGAAUACAUGGUAGCACGUAAGGAAUGAACUGAUUCUAGAGAGAGAUAUAAUUCUAGUUAUUAUAAAUGUUAAGAAUAUAUUUAUUUUUAAGGAUUCAGAGUACAAUAAAUUGUAAUAAAUA